GUAGCAGAGCCAUAUUUACAAUUUUGAACUUUAGGUACCAAGUCCUUGUGUUUUUUGCCUUCUAAACCUCUUCCGAGUCCCUUUCUCUUCAAGAACUAAGCAUCCUUCCCCAACCAGAAAGAGAGAGAGAGAGAGAGAGAGAGAGAGAGAGAGAGAGAAAUGGCUGAAGCAAAAUUAGCUGCAGGGGUUCUUGUUAGUGGUGUGGGUGAGAUCCUGAAGAAGUUGAUCUUCAUGGCAACGGAGGAGAUUGGGCUUGUAUGGAAUGUCAAGGAAGAGUUGAAAAAGUUGGUACGCACUGUGACUGCUAUCCAAGCAUUAGUACAUGAUGCUGAAAAACAACAAGAAGAAAAAGAGACUGUGAGACUAUUCCUGAGAAGGCUUAGAGAUGUAGCUUAUGCUGCUGAAGACGUUUUGGAUGAAUUCGGUUAUCAAACAACAAGGCUUCAGGUGACCAACAAGGUGAGCAAAUUCUUCUUGCAGUACUCAAUUUCAGUUGCUUUUAAGUUAAAGAUGGCUCAUAAGAUCCAGAAAAUAAACAUGGAUUUUGAUGAAAUUAAAAGUUACAUGGAUUCUUUCCAUUUUGCGAGUGCAUCCACACCCAUGAAUCUGCAAAAUAGAAAGACCAUGGAGACAUUCUCUUUUGUAGAUGAGUCCGAGGUUGUUGGAAGGGAUGAUGAAAAGUCAGAGUUAGUAAGCAUGUUAACUAACUCUAACCAUGAAGAUAUUCUUUCGGUCCUUCCCAUAGUUGGAAUGGGAGGGCUUGGAAAAACCACACUUGCAAAAUAUGUCUAUAAUGAUUGUAUUGUAGCCAAGUAUUUUGAUACAAGAACAUGGGUCCAUGUCUCUAAGGAUUUUGAUGUCAAGAAGAUUUUGACAGAGAUCACAGAAUCUGUUACUAAUGAACCAUGUCAGAUUUCAUCUAUUGAUGUGAUACUGCGAAAUCUUAAAGAUGAGUUGGACGAGAAGCGGUUCUUACUUGUACUAGAUGAUAUAUGGAAUGAAGAUAACGAGCAAUGGGAUAUGCUUAUGUCUUCAUUAAAAAUUGGUAUAAGAGGUAGCAAAAUCAUUGCUACUACUCGUAUGAUUGAAAUUGCGUCAAUGAUAGGCACAUUUGCCACGCACCACCUUAAUCCGUUAUCAGAAGAUAAAUGUUGGUCCAUUCUCAAGAAUAAAGCGUUUGGCAAUAGAGGGGCUGAAGAGACUCCAAAUAUGGUGGCAAUAGGGAAGAAAAUUGUGCAGAAGUGUGGAGGUGUGCCAUUAGCAGAGAAAACACUAGGAGGCUUGAUGCAUAUCAAGAAAAGUGAACAAGAGUGGUUGUCAAUAAUGAAUAGUCCAAUUUGGACUUUACCUAUGGAUAAAGAUGGAAUCCUUCCCGCACUGAAAUUGAGCUAUGAUCACCUACCAUCAUCUUUGAAACAAUGUUUCUUAUAUUGUUCAGUGUAUCCCAAGGGCACAUAUAUCCUCAAAAUGGAUUUAAUAGCUAAAUGGAUAGCAUUAGGGUUCCUUCAACAAUCCACAGGAGGUAGGCUAAUGGAAGAUAUUGGAAAUGAUUACAUCAACCAUUUGUUGUGGAAUUCAUUCUUCCAGGUCUUUAAGAAAAAUGCUGAUGGUGAUAUAAUUGCGUUGAAGAUGCAUGAUCUUAUUUAUGAUCUAGCAUAUUCUCUUUCCAAGUUUGACAACCUGGCUAUUGGGAUUGAAGAUUUAAAAAACAACCCUACUCUUAUUCAUUCAAUAUUGUAUACAGAUGGUGACAAAGGAAAAAUUCAAGUAGACCAUUUGUAUAAGGCAGGAAACUUGCGAUCAUUUCAUUUGAGAUGCACGAGAGCCGGAACUUCCAUUUGCAGGGAUAUCCUUGAUAUUCUGUUUAAAAAACUCAAGCAUAUACGGGUUCUAAAUUUAUCUUCUUGCGGAAUUCAAGAGCUACCAUCUUCCAUUAAGAAGUUGAAACACUUAAGGUACCUUGACCUCAAUGACAAUCCAAUUGAAGCAUUACCUGCAUCUACCACCUCACUUUAUAACUUGCGCACAUUGAAACUUCUCAAUUGUCAAAUAAAAGAGCUUCCCCAUGAUAUGAAGAAACUAGUAAACUUGAGGCAUCUUUUAGUUUCUAGAAAAGAUGGAUUUUUGAGUCAAAUGCCAAUUGAGAUGGGAAGAUUAACUUCCCUUAACACAUUAUUGGAAUUUGUUGUGGGCCAUAAAAGGGGGCAGCGUAUCAAAGAAUUACAACACUUGAAUCUUCAAGAUAGUUUACUUAUCAACAAUCUCGAGAAUGUGAGAAGUGGAGGAGAAGCAAAGGAGGCUAAUUUAAUGGGAAAAGAAAAGCUUGAUUCGUUGCAUUUGUCAUGGAGAAGUCAUGUUAUGGGUGGUGAUAGUACUUCCAUGUUGGAAAAUGACAAUAAGAAAACCGUUGUUGAUGAAGAUGAUGUAUUGGAAGGUCUUCGACCUCAUCCAAAUUUGAAAGACUUGAUCAUCAGUAACUUUGGAGGUAAGAAUAUUCCUCGAUGGCUGAGGAGUGGAUGUGAGUCAUUUCUCCCCAAUUUGGUGAGAUUCAGUCUAGAAAACUGCGAGAGAUUGGAACAUGUUCCCGCACUUGGACAGCUACCAUCUCUUAAGUCUCUUAAGUUAAAAGGAAUGAAAAGGAUGAAGAGUCUUGGCAGUGAGUUAUAUUGUGGGAAUGAUAGCAAUAGUCAGGCAUCCCUAACUAAAACAGCAUUUCCUUCCUUGGAAGAAAUUUCCCUUUUACAUUUGCCCAGCUUAGAAGAAUGGAUGGAACCGCAAGGGUCUUUCCCUUCCUUCCCUCGCCUUGAGAGGAUAUUUGUACAUGAUUGCCCCAAGUUGAUGAUCAUGCCCCGUCAGUUUCCUUCUCUUAAACUAUUCCAAAUCAAAAGAAGCAAUGGCAGCUUGCAAAGGAUGGUUGUGGAGGUUCCCUCUGUCAUCAAACUAUAUCUAAUUGAAGUUCCAGAACUUAAGUUUUUGACAUUGCACAAUAAUACUGAAAUAUUACAUAUUGAGAAAUGCCCCGACCUUGAAGCAAUUAUUACGACAAGCGAGGAUGAGGGUGUGCAAGUCCUCCCUUCAUCUCUUGAAAUAUUGGCAGUAACAGAUUGCCCUUCUCUAACGUCAUUGCCAGAUCUACGAGGUCUGCACUCUAUUCAGAAAUUUUAUUUUCUAGGUAAUGUAAAAAUCACUCGAUUACCAGAGGGUCUACACACCCUCCACGCCCUCGAAGUGUUGAGUAUUGGUGGGUUUUCAUCGGAGCUGGAGUUUUUUCCUGACUUGGAGCCUCUCCAACACUUGCCCUCUCUUCGACAAUUGCAUAUCGAAGGCUGGUCUAAGCUUACGUCUCUUCCUGAGCAACUUCAAAGUCUCACCCAAUUAGAAUGGUUGGGAAUAUAUAAGUUUAAUAGUGUGGCAGCUUUACCGGAGUGGCUCGGGAACCUUUCUUCGCUUCGAACAUUGCUUCUUAAAGAGUGCAACAAUCUGAUGUAUCUUCCAAAAGAGGAAGGAGGACUGCGAUGCUUGAUCACAUUAGAAUCGUUAAGUAUUAGAGAUUGCCCCUUUCUCAAAGAGAGAUGCACCAGAGGAAGAGGCGAUGAAUGGCCUAAGAUCAAACACAUUAAAAGCAUCUUCAUUGAUGACCAACGUGUGUAAUUUGUGCAGUCUUUCUUCAAAAGUCAGGCGCCAAAAUGUUUGCAGAUUUUGGUGGAUCAAGGUUUAGGAGAGUACUUUUUGUUGAUUUAGUAUUCCUUGCCCAAGCAGUGAUCGAUUCUGGUCUGUAUCAUCUACACAUUCUUUAUCCAAAUGCAGAGCUGCAUCAUAUUCAUCAUCAAUUGUUGACCCUGUAUGGAUCAAGCACAUGAGCUAGAGACACAGGAAUGUGCUUAACAAAGCUAAGGAUAAGCUGGAAAAAAUGGCCAAAGAGCUAACAUGGCGGCAAGAAUUUUCGAGGUUGACCUUGAAUAAGAAGCUAAGGUACAAGAAAUUACAAAGCUGAAAUCUGCUUUGCAUGAAAUGCAAGGGCAAUUAGAUGAUUCUCUGGCCACAAUUAUCAAGAAAAUGAAGCAGCGAGGAUAGCUAUUGAAGAAGCACCCCUUGUCAUCAAAGAAGUUCCUAGACGGACUUCCUGAAUUGGAGGGCAAAUUAAGUGGGUUGAAGAAUUUGAAAGAAAGUAUGGGAAGGGCAAGGAGAGUGAAGCAAGGCUAGAAGAAUCACAUUCCAGAGCUUCUCAUCUUCAAGAAACUAUUGAAUGCCUCAAGGACAAGACUGCAUAAUUGGAGUCACAAAAUGAGCUGCUCUGCCAUCAGGCACCAUUUUCUGUGCAGAAAAUAGUUGCUCCUGAACUUAUGCAGCCAGAAGGCUCUAUAGUGCAAUAGUGCAUUGAUGGUCCAGCUGCAGAAUCUUUAAAAUGGUUAUCAAACAAUGGAAGUGCACAAAUGAUAAAGGUAUAUGUUAUCACUAUCAGAUGAAUUUUCUCCAGAGUAAAAGGAUACUUACUGAUGAAGAAGCUCAAUCUUGCAAUGUAUUUAUAAUGACUAGAUUUGUUUCAGGAGCCAGUGCCUCCAACGGCCCCAAGUAAGCAAAAAUCUCUAACGGACAGGCAGCAAGAAUGCAUUCAGACUCACAUGUAGGGAAUCUUUACAUGAAUUAGAACACAUCAAAUAGUUGAUCUCAUGUGUCUGUCGGAUUUUUUUAUUUCCUCUUCUGACCAGGACCAUGAUACACUAAUAGACUGCCUCAUGGAAGAUAAACGGUUUGACAAGAACAGACCUGCUGCUGCAUGUAUUUGUUCGGAUAAUUCAUGCGAUCCAGUCAUCUAUCGAGGUGGUACUUUCCCCUUUCAUGAGCCUAUCAAGUAUGUUGUUGAUAAAUAUUCUGCGUAAUUGAUCACAUAGAAGAUAUCUAUUUUGACUGAUGAACCGGGUUUGAAAUGUGGGACUGGUCUCCUAUAUAAUUCCCUUCUGAAUCAAGAAAACAUCAUUGAUCUUACCUAUUGGGUCUCAACAACAUUGACACUUUUGGUUUUCUGUACAAAAUAUGCUCAAGGGAAGCAGCACGCCAAAAACAAGCUUCAGUGCAUGCUUGGAGCUCACCCAUCACCCUGUUUGGCAGAAUGGCACAAGUAAUAUCUUUGUACUAUCUUUUCAAAUUCAUUUCUUCACAAUGAAUAGCAAAAUUAUGAUGAUCUAAACUUCUUAUCUCAGGGCAUUUGUUCAUCUCCUCAGGCAUGGGAAAUCAUGUAAUAGGACUCCUCAUUAAUCUACUAUUUUACAGAACCAAUAAGAGAAUACUGUGAAAAUACUCAACCAAAUAUAUUUGCAAAACAACAAGCAUCAAGCAUCAAGCAUCAAGCAUCAAGCAUACACUGGCAAAGCAUUGUAGGAAGCCUAGAUUGCGCCUUAGCUGCAGUGUUUGAGAAUAAUGUCCCUGACAUAAUCAUAAGGAAGACAUUCAGUUAGAUGUUCUCCUUCAUAAAUGUGCAGAAUAUUAACAGGUUCACAACUUCUCCAAUUUCAAUUUACAGAAGAUUGUUUUCACAUGAGGGAAGCUGUUGGGUUUCUGCUGGUUUCACAACAAAAGCCUCGCAAACCCUUGGAUGAGAUCACGAAUGAAACGUAUCAGGUGCUGAGCAUUCCACAAAUAUAUCGCAUUGGAACAAUUUUCUAGGACGACAAAUAUGGAUCCCAAGGGCUAUUCCCAGAUGUAAUUGGCAAGAUGAGAGCAUUGACGACAGAAGAGUGAGUCAAGUAACAUGCCAAAUAAUGCUUUUGUUGCUUGACGUUGGCUGAAGUGUUCCUUUCUCUCCAGGUGAGCUAUCAAGAUCGUUUCCUGACAUUGGCCUAUCCAUUAUUGAUCCACCCCUGCUCCUCCGUCAGAAUUCCAAGUUCCAUUUCCUGUUACAACUGACAGAUUAAGAUUCUAUUACUUGGUGGGUUUACCCAACUCAUUUUGGUUCUUAGUUGCGCCAUUGUAAUUGUUCAUUGAGGGUUGAUUGUAAUUGCUUAUUGUUACUGUAUAUCUUUACAAAGUCCAAAGUUGCAGUGGGUUUUGAUAACCAACCAAAACCUCAUGCUCACAUGGAGAAGGAACCGUUUAGCAAAGCUCAUGGAUUUUUCUUUGUUCAAAUGAAUGCAAAAUGAAUUGAUCCUUUGUGAGAGAA